CGCAAGAGCGGUCCAACAUGACAGCAACGCUCAUGUGUGUGGCGUUAUCAUUUGCGUGUCUGGCACAGGUAUUGGAUGCUCGGCAAGAGAGAAAUAUUUUCAAUGGAAUUAAUAGUGUUUUCCAGAAAUUAUGGAGAGAAAUACCGGACAGCGAGAGCUCUACAGCCUUAUCAGUUUCCAUCAGAAAUGACAGUAUUUACUGGAAGAAUAAUCCCAAAAACAGAUUCUCAAACAUUACAGAUAACGCUUCACAAAAAAAAGACAGAAUAACGAAAUAUAAUAUCAUUCACCAUAAACUAAAUCCUCCUUACUAUAUAACCAAGAGUUUAAGAGAAGUUUAUGUCAAUUUUACAAACAGCAGUGACAGCGUGACUUCAAGUUCACUUUCCGAUGGCACCACCAACAGUUCCCCAAGAGAUGAAAAAACAUUUCCAAGUAGCAGUGACAGUAUAUCUACAUUAGCACAUCCAGACAGCAUUAUCGGCAGUUCAAAAACAUUAAAUAGUAUUAGCUCUACAGUAGCACCCUCAGUUAGUACUAUCAGCAGAUAUAAAAUAGGACCUUCAGACAGCACUACCAGUAGCUCAACUACAGUUAGUUACAGUAGUUCUACAGUUGUACCUACAAAAAGCACGACCAGCAGUCCAACAACAGUUAUUGAUAGUAUAGCUACAGUUGCAACCUCAGACAGCAGCACUAGAAGCUCAACAACAGUUACUAAGAGUAGCUCUACACUAGCACCCACAGACAGCACGACCAGCAGUCCAACAACAGAUAUUGACAAUAGCUCUAAAUUCACAACCUCAGACAGCAGCACUACGAGCUCAACAAUGGUUCCAAAGAGUAAAUCUACACUAGCACCCACAGACAGCACGACCAGCAGUUCAACAACAGUUAGUUAUAGUAGCUCAACAUUCAAAACCUCAGACAGUAGCACUAGAAGCUCAACAACGGUUACUAAGGGUAGCUCAACACCAGCACCUUCAGAUAGCAUGACCAGCAGUCCAACAACAGUUAUUGAUAGUAGUUCUACAUUCACAACCUCAGGCAGCAGCACUAGAAGCUUAACUACAGGUACUAAGAGUAGCUCUACACUAGCACCCUCAGAUAGCACGACCAGCAGUUCAACAACAGUUAUUGACAGUAGCUCUACAUUCACAACCUCAGACAGCAGCACUACGAGCUCAACAAUGGUUCCAAAGAGUAAAUCUACACUAGCACCCACAGACAGUACGACCAGCAGUUCAACAACAGAUGUUGGCAAUAGCUCUACAUUAACAACCUCAGACAGCAGCACUAGAAGCUUAACCACAUAUAUUAAGAGUAGCUCAACACCAGCACCUUCAGAUAGCACGAACAGUAGUCCAACAACAGUUAGUUACAGUAGCUCUACAGAAGUACCACCAGAAAUAACUGCCAGCAGUUCAACAACAGUUAGUUACACUAGCUUAUCAGAAGCACCCUCACACAGCACAGCUAGAAUUUUAACAACAUUGAGUGCUGGUAGCUCAGCCAGUUCUAAAGAUAAAUUUAAAAGUAGCAGUGACCAGAAAUCUACUUCUAAAAACGUAGUUAAUAAUAUCAGUAGUUCAAUAGUUUUUGGCAAUACCACAAGAUAUCAUAAAAGCAAAAGUGUAACUGGAAAAGAUAUCAUUACGCAUAUUUAUUCUCACAGUUAUCUAAACCACGAAGCUAGAAAUAAACAGAAACAAUCAAAUGUAGUACUAAUAAUUCAUACACACAUGGAUCCAAAGUUAAUAUUAAACAUUUUGUUGAAGAGAAAUAAAAAACUUUAUCUAGUUCAAUAAAGUUAAUUAAUUUAUUAGUUAUUUCGAUGUAAACAGCUUAAUUGCAAAAUAUAUAAAUAUGCUUUUUUUGCGAAUUAAAUAUUAAUGUCAGAAAUACUUGCGAUAAUAACUUUACAAAAAAUAAUUUUAAUACCAAAUAUUUUUGAAAUAUUUUUGUACUCUUGUUAUGAAUCUCUCUAUAAAGUGGGACACUGGAAUGAGAUGUUCUAAUUAUUUAAUUAUUAUUAUUUUGACCAACAAUAAGUAAUUUUUUCUGAAUAAAUUAUUAUUAUUAUUUAAAUAUACUGCCAUAAAUGAAAUAUAUGCGUGACUACCAUAUCAUGUUAAUGUAAAACUACAGAGUAGAGAAAAAUCUAGGAUAUUUGUAGGGUACAAAAAUAUUUGAAAAAUGUGUAAUUGUGUGUUAAGCUUUUAUCUUUAUUUAUUAAUGUAUAAUAAUUCAAUAGAAUCUAAAAAUAAAUAAUGAGGUUUAUCAUAGCUUAAAUAUAACACAAACGUUUUAGAUAUAAGUUAUAAAUAAUUAAUAACAUAAAACUACAUAUUUUGACAAUGCUCAAUUGGAAAUUUCAAUUUCUUCUGUGUUUAUUUUAACAGAAAUAACAUAUCCCCCCCCCCCCCCCCCCCGUGUUAUUGCAAUUUGUAUCUCCGCGCUGUUGGUACUUUGAAAUUUUUGUAAUAUUAAUUUGAAAAUAAUAAGAAUAGUAAUUAGUGCAUGCUGACUAUAAAAAUAAUACAGCUUAUUUUCCCUACAGAGGUAGAUGCAGCAAAACAAAUCAGAAAUUUAGGUGUGGGACCGACAUUUAAUUCAAGUCAGUAUGAUUGUGGAUCGUUGAUAGAAAAGAAAAUUGUUUCGUUUUUAAAUAAAUACAUAGUUUUUGUUGGGAUAUCAAGCAUUUUUAAUUAAUUAAGGAUUUCGGACUAGCUAAUUUAAAGUUGCAAAAAUAUUGUAAUCAUAGUUUCAAGUUAGUAAAAAGUAUACAGAACUUACGAACCAUCAAAUAUGGUCAGUUAUAUAUUGUAUUUAAAAAAAACUAAAUUUUACUCUUUCUUAGGUUUGUUUAAACAAUAAAAACCUAUUUUUAGCCGAUGAGUUAGUGUUACUCAUGUGCGCUACAGAAACUUAAUAAGGGAAAAAUAUAUAUGUUAACAUUCCUUCGAGGCUUAGCUGCUGAAUGCCGAACGGAGAUGGGAAUUUUCAGCGAUGCAUCAAUAGUAUCAAAAUGAAAAUUGUGACCAAACGAAAGUCGUGCAUCUCCGGAAGGCACGGACAGAAGCUGGACAGAGCAAGUAGCCCGGAAGCCACAGAGAGAAGCACCAACAGAGCAAAAAGCAAGGAAGCUACAGAGAAAAUCACAAACAGAGCGAGCAGCCGAGAAGCGACAGAGAGAAUCACAGACAGAGCGAACAGCCUGGAAGCCAUGGGGAAAAAACAAACAGAGCUAGCAGCUCAAAAGCCAUUAAAAAAUGCUCAAAUAGUGGGAGCAGUCUGGAAGCCAUGGAGAAAAGCACAAACUAUGAGCAGGAUGAAACCAUGGAUAUAUGCACGAACAGAUCGAAAAGCCUAGAACCCGUAGAGAGUAGCACAGAUACAGCGAGCAGCCUGGAAGACAAGGAGAGAAGCAAAGACAGAACGAGAAGACCGGAAGCCAUGUAUAGAAUAACAACAGUUAGAGCAGCCCGGAAGCCAUGAAGAGAAACACGAACAGAGCGAAAUUCCCUGAAGUCAUUGAGACAAGCAAAUACACAGCGAGCAGUCCGGAAGCUACAGAGUAAAGCACAGACAGUGCAAGCAACCUGGAAGCCAUGGGGAGAUAAAAACGAGCUAGCAGCCCAAAAGCCAUAAUAAAGGCAAAAACAAUGUGAUCAGUCUGGAAGCCAUGGAGAAACGUACAAUGAGAAGGACAAAGCCACGGAGAUUAGCACGAACAGAUCGAACAGCCUUGAAGCCACAGAGAGUAGCACUAAUUCAGCGAGCAGCCUGGAAGGCAUGGAGAGAAGUACAAACAGCGAGCAGCUGGGAGCCAUGAAGAGAAACUCAAACAUAGCGCAGUCUUUGAAGCCUUCGAAAUAAGUACGUACGCAGAGAAGCCCGGAAGUCACUGAGAGAAGCACAUGCACAGCGAGCAGCCUGGAAAUACAGAGAACAGAACGAACAGAGCGAGAAGCCUUGAAGCCAACGAGAGAUGCACAAACUGAGCCAGCAGCCCUCCCCUCCAAAAGAAAGAGCCAAAAUGGAGCUGCUAGCUCCAAGACUAGAACCCCACAUUACAGACCAACACCGAGCACUGGUUAUAACGAGAAAGAGUAAAAAAAAAUAUCUGUGUUGAAAGUAAGUAAAAUACAUAUUAAGGGUUUAUUUUCGGGCGAAAGGUUCCACUUACCUAAUAUGAUGAGAGCAAUGGAAAACCUCGGGAACAUCUAUAUUAAUAAAGGAGAACACUUGUUGGACAGUCUGUGUGCUGUUCAUGUAGCGGCGCGGAGGCAGUGAGGCCCACGGCCUUGACAUUUGGUGGGUGGAUUACCUUUGCUUCUGGGGUGGGUGGAGGAAGGACGGGUGUGUUUGCACGUUGAAGAUGUAUUCAUUUGAAAUUUUUUUAAGAUUAAAUUUUGCAUGUCCGACCACGUUAAACCAUAAUCUAUUUGACAAUGGCUAUGCCAUUGCUUGUAAUUUCUUCAUCCUCGAAACGACUGUUGUAUUGUAUAUGCUCUAUUCACUUUCAUGUCAUAAUCAAGUCUUACUGUAAUCAUCUUUGCCAUCAUAUUAAUACGGUAUUGGUUAAAUAAAUGCAAAUUUGAAGUGGA